AUGGGGGAUUCUAAUUCCAGCCAAGAAGCGUAUUCUGAUACAACAUCCACGAACGCUUCUAGAAUCGCAGAUCAAAAUCAACUUAAUUUAAACGUGGAUCUUGAAAAAAAUCAAACAGUAAGGAAGUCAGGUUCACUGGAAGCAUUACAGAAUGCAAAGAUACAUGUUCCCAAACACAGUGAUGGUUCACCACUAGACUAUCCAAAAUUAAAUACUUACACGUUUGUGCCUACCACAGUGCCGCCUUAUGUUUUAGAGGCGCAGUUUGAUAAAUUAAGACUUCAGGAUAAGGGCACCGUUGAUGGAAAUGUUACCGAUGAUAAAAAUCUUCCAAAAGAGUUUAAAUGGGGCCAGUUUGCAUCUACCAUCGGCUGUCAUUCUGCAUACACUAGAGACCAAAACUACAAUCCUAGUCACAAAUCCUACGAUGGUUACUCUCUAUCAUCAUCUACCUCAUCAAAAAAUGCGGCUCUUAGAGAAAUUUUAGGUGACAUGUGCAGCGAGUGGGGAGGUGAAGAACGACUAGAAGGUGUUCUACAUUCAGAAAUAGGUGCCAAUUUAGAGUUCAACACGACAGAAGAGAGAAAAGAGUGGUUACAAUAUAUCGAAAAGGUAAAAGAUUUCUAUUACGGUGAUAAUAAGAAGAACCCAGAAUCACCCGAAUCAGUACACAACAAAGUUUACAAGUCAGAUUGGGUAAAUGAGCUCAAUAAAGAGAGAGAAAAGUGGCGGAGGUUAAAGCAAAGGAAGUUACAACAGUGGAGACCUCCUUUGACGUCGCUAUUACUUGAUAAUCAAUAUUUGAUUUUGGGUUUGAGGAUUUUCACUGGUAUAUUAUCGUGCAUUUCACUUGCUCUGGCAAUCAAGAUUUUUCAAAACUCAAGAUCAAAUAACACCAUCAGUGAAAGUAAAAUCGGGCAACAACCAAGCACCAUAAUGGCCAUCUGCGUCAACGCCGUGGCGAUUGCGUAUAUUAUUUACAUUGCACACGAUGAAUUUGCUGGUAAACCUGUUGGUUUGAGGAAUCCGUUAAGCAAACUGAAACUAAUUUUGUUGGACUUACUUUUUAUAAUUUUUUCAAGCGCUAAUCUAGCGCUGGCAUUUAAUACUCGUUUCGACAAAGAGUGGGUUUGCACUUCUAUUCGCAGGUCAAAUGGAAGCACGUAUGGAUACCCAAAAAUACCGCGUAUCUGCAGAAAACAGGAAGCUUUAUCCGCUUUUCUGUUCGUUGCCUUGUUUAUGUGGGUAAUCACUUUCUCGAUCAGUAUUGUUAGAGUAGUCGAAAAAGUCAGUUCAAUUACCAACAGAAACUGA